AUGAACGGUGCGCCGUAUCAGCAAAAGAAGACCUCGUUUGUCAGUGGAGCAAGUGAUUCUGAAGAAGAACAUCUAGGAAGCAGUGAGCUGGUUGCGGACGACGACGAGUCUGACGAUAAUUGUAUCGUUUCACCGCGUUUUCGGAAAUCAUCUUCAAGGAGCGCCCUUGUAAGAACAACCAGUUUCAACCAUAAGCAAUAUCGAAGCAUAAAGGAGAUGAUUAUCGAUCUAAAACAAGAACCUGGAAAAAAUGGAUUGCAUGGACUUGAGAAUGGGUCAAACCAUUCGGAUCGAAAAGUCACUUUCACUUUGGAAAACGAUUUGGAAUUUCCAAAGUUUCGGAAGAACAGGUCUCUGUGGCUACGGAUGGAAAUGAACAGAAUAAAACAUAAAUUGAUCUCGUUGUCCUACUUGUUAUCAGAUUGGAUGUUUCUUGCACUUCUCGGAGUAGCAGUAGCAUUUAUAUCAAUAUUAGUGGAUAUGAUGGUGUUUUCGUUUCAAGAGAUUCAGCGGAAGACGGUUUCAAUUUACAAUAUUUACGGCUCGGACCAAUCUUAUUUGUUAUGGGGAUGUGGGUUGCUCGGAUGGUGUGGAUAUAUGAUUGGAUUAGUUGCUGCAUCAGCAUGUUUUGUGCAUUAUGUGGCGCCUCAAGCUAUCGGUUCUGGAAUACCGGAAAUGAAAACGAUCAUUCGCGGAGUCAUUCUGGUUGACUAUCUAACACUAAAAACACUGGUUUCCAAAAUAUUCGGAGUAGCAAUGGCAUUGGGAAGCGGUGUCCCAAUCGGCAAAAUGGGACCGUUCGUGCACAUCGCCUCGGUGGUUGCCAACCAAAUGUGCCUUCUAGCAGCGAAAUUCGAUUCUGCAUAUCGUGAGGAGAGCAGAAGAAUGGAAUGUCUAGCUGCUGCAUGUGCAGUCGGCGUCGCGUGCACAUUCAGCUCACCGGUCGGCGGAGUGCUGUUCUCGAUUGAAGUAACGACAAUGUAUUUUUCGGUGAGAAGUUACUGGAGAGGCUUCUUUGCAGCAUGUUGUGGAGCAACCACAAUUCGGUUGUUGAGAGCAUAUGUUGUUGAAACGGAAGUAACUGUCAGCGCGUUCUACCAAACAAGCUUCCGCCCGGAUGCGUUUUCCGUCGACGAACUUCCACUUUUUGCAUUGCUUGGUUUAUUGUGUGGUAUACUUGGUGCUGGAUAUAUAUCUCUUUAUCGUUGCGUGGUACUGUUUUUGAGAAAUAAUCAAUAUGCCAAAAUGGUCUUUCAAAGACAUUGGAUAGUCUACCCAAUUGUAAUAUCUUGUAUAUUUUCGGUUGUAUCGUACCCGCAUGGGCUUGGAAUGUUUUCAACUGGAAGAAUAAAGUUUGGUACAAACCUACGUGACUUUUUUGCAAAUUGUUCGUUUAUUGUCACAUCGUCAGAUGAUCUUGUUUGCGGAGCAGAAAUAUAUUCACAUUGGUUAAAUCGGGGAAACAUUCUCCUUCUGUUGUUUUUGUUUGUGCUAGUUCACUUCAUCUUCUCGAUAAUCAGUUUCACACUUCCAGUACCAUCAGGUGUCUUUCUUCCGGUUUUUGUUCUAGGCGCCGCUAUUGGACGGUUUUAUGGAGAGAUUAUUGGCUUAGCCCUAGAAGAUAUUCAUAUAAUUCAUCCGGGAAUUUAUGCAAUCGUUGGCGCUGCAGCGUUUUCUGCUUCUGUCACCCACACUGUUUCAGUUUCUGUUAUGAUUUUUGAGAUCACUGGUCAACUUCAUUUCAUCUUGCCGGUCAUGAUUUCUGUGAUGUUAUCCAAUGCAGUUUGUGCAUACUUACAACCUUCAUUCUUCGAUACAAUCAUAAAAAUUAAACAUUUGCCUUUCCUUCCGGAUAUCCCACCAUCAAAUAAUCUAGUUCAUACCACUUAUGCUGAACAUAUUAUGGUAACACCGGUGAAAUUUAUCACCAAAAUCACAACUUAUAAUGAGAUUCGCGAAGCGGUACAGACCGGUCUCCGUCUGUUUCCAGUUGUUGACUCAAAAAAUUCACAAAUGUUAAUAGGGACUGUUUCACGAAGAUAUUUGACGGUUUUGUUAAACGGGAAAAUUGGAGAUCAUCCGAGAAAGGUUGAGGCUGAAAAACGCGUUAGGCAAGCCAUUGAAACCAUUGAUAAUCAUUUUAAAGAUUCUGAAAAGGAGUUGAAAGAAGAUAGACGGAGAAUAUGUUCGGAAACUGAUUUUGUCACAAUGCAACGAAAGAAGUCAGAUAUUGUCACCCCUCUGUCACAAACCAUCAAACCAUUAGGUCCCGGAGAGCAGAAAAAUCGAUUCCUGGUUGUACCAUUACCUGACGUCACUGAACCCAAAUUGUACUUGCCACCUGUACCUUCCUCUCCAACAAUUCCAGUGGAAAAUACUCUGAAACGGCGAAAUUCUGGAACGAGAAGAAAUGCACUGUUCAGCUUGAGAGAUAUGGAUGAGAAGUCUGCAAAAGACUUUUUAGACGAUCACGGUAUUGAACACAAAACGAUUCAUGGGAAUGCUAACGAACAUCACACAAUUAUCAAAAAUUAUAUGAGACAGGCAAAGAAAUAUUUGGUUCAUAUGCAAUUUGGAAACAAUAAAAAAGGAUCACACGAUAACAAUCCAUAUGACUUGUCAGCAGAAGAGAGAAAAGUAUGGGAAGAAGAACAACUUGCCUUACAACUUGACCUGACCGAAAAUGACAUCGACCCCGCCCCAAUUCAACUUGUGAAACAAACAUCCCUUUACAAAAUCCACUCGAUUUUCUCCAUGCUCCAACUCAGCAAAGCAUAUGUGACGGACUGUGGUAGGCUGAUUGGUGUUGUGGCGUUAUCUGAUCUUCGAAAAGCACUGGAGCACACCGAAGAAGUGAUAAAAACUGAAAAGAAGAACAGUGUCUCCCAUUCACCCUCCUCGUCAAAUGUCGUGAAGAACAAUCUCCGACACGUGUCAACUAAUGUAAUUGAUAUCCUAACACCUCCACUGGAAGUUGCUCGGGGCACUACUCUCGAGACAAAUACAGUAGUCCCCGAUGUGAUUUCAUCUCCGAAAGAAGUAUUCCCACCACCUCCCUUUGAACCCCGAUCUUCUCUCCGACAACGUCAACCCAGAUCCAUCAACUUCGGAAUUGAGCCCAGAAAAAGGUCUGGUUCAGAAUUUGGCCAACGACCCGAAGAAUUUGUGGAAGCUGUUGCUUAUCUACGAAGGAAGUCGCAUGCGAUAGUGAUUCCCCGAUUACACGAGGAACCCGGAGAGAGUUCAUCUUCCGAAUGACACAUUACUCAUUUUUAUGCACCAAUAAACUUUUUUGUGACUUGU